ACAUCCACGCCUUCACUGGCUUGAGAGCCGACUUCUUUGGGAUCCCAGGGUAUAAUGAAGACCAGCUGAGAUAUCCAGCCUUGUGGACUGAGCAACUACUAGGGUCUUGGACUUUCUGUUCACAGCUAGUCAUUGUAUAGCUGGACUGCAGCCUGUGGCGUCUUGUUAGUCUUUAUUUGGAGAUGGCAGCUCCUGGGUUUACCCUCAGUGCCCUGGUGUGUGCACUGCUCGCUUGUUCUGUGACUGGUUAUCCCAACGGAAGAGUGCCAAUGUCCUGUGACGGAAUGGUCCCCCAGCACGGCCACAGCCCGCAGCCUGAGCCAGUUCACCAAGUCACAGUGAGUCAGACGAAGUUCAAACCUGGAGACCAGGUCCAAGUUACUCUAUCAGGACCACCAUUUAGAGGGUUUCUCUUAGAAGCCCGUGACGCCGAGGAUUUGAGUGGCCCUCCUGUUGGUGCCUUCACACUGAUUGACCGUGAAGUGUCGCAGCUUCUGACUUGUGAAGAUGUAAAGGGCAUCGCUGUGAGUCACACAAGUUCAUCCAAGAAGACAGAAAUUAAAGUCUAUUGGAACGCUCCUACCACUGCCCCAAAUCACAUAAGAUUUCUUGCCACAGUUGUGCGGCAAUAUAAAACCUACUGGGUGAAGAUCCCUAGCCAUGUAAUUUCCCAACCAAGUGCUCUUCCCUUUACAACACCUAAAGCCACAACACAACCUUUGACAACAUCAUCUUCUGUCUCUCACUUAACCAAGCCGUUCAGUGCCUCUGAGUGUGGGAACAAGAAGUUCUGUGUUAGGAGUCCUUUGAACUGUGACCCAGAGCGAGAGCCCGCCUGCGUCUUCUUGUCCUUCACCAGAGAUAACCAGUCUGUGGUGGUUGAAAUGAGCGCUCCCAGUGAAGGCUACGUGUCAUUUGCAUUGUCUCAUGACCGAUGGAUGGGUGACGAUGAUGCUUACUUGUGCAUUCGUGAGGACCAGACAGUGUUUAUACGGCCUUCCCAUUUGACAGGGCGAACUCAUCCUGUGAUGGACUCCAGGGGGACUCUCGAGGAUAUGGCCUGGAGGCUGGCGGAUGGUGUCAUACAGUGUUCAUUCAGAAGAAACAUCACCCUGCCCGGGGUUAAGAACAGAUUUGUGCUAAAUGCAAGCUACUACAUAUUCCUUGCGGAAGGCGCAGCUCAUGACGGCCGAAUCUUUAGGCACUUGCGGCAACCUUUGAUAACAUACGAAAAAUAUGACGUGACAGGCACUCCGAAGAACGUAGGAGGAUCCCACUCUUUACUGCUUUUGAAGGCUCAUGGUGCCUUAAUGUUUGUGGCAUGGAUGACCACAGUUAGCAUAGGAGUCCUGGUUGCCCGGUUCUUCAGAUCUGUUUGGUCAAAAGCUUUCUUCCUCGGUCAAGCAGCUUGGUUUCAGGUGCACCGGAUGCUCAUGCUUGCUACAUCUGCGCUCACCUGCAUCGCUUUUGUUCUGCCUUUUGUGUACAGAGGGGGCUGGAGUUGGCGUGCAGGCUCCCACCCGUACCUCGGGUGUACCGUGAUGGUUUUAGCUGUCCUUCAGCCUCUGCUGGCGACCUUCAGACCACCUUUACAUGACCCGAGGAGGAAAGUGUUUAACUGGACUCAUUGGAGUGUGGGGACAGCUGCUAGAAUAAUAGCAGUGGCAGCGAUGUUCCUAGGGAUGGAUUUACCAGGACUGAAUCUUCCCAGUCCACACAAGACCUAUGCAAUGAUGGGGUUUGUAGUCUGGCACAUCGGGACUGAGGUGGUUCUGGAGAUACACGCUUACCGGCUCUCUCGAAAAGUUGAAAUCCUGGAUGACGAUAGAGUUCAGAUCCUUCAGUCCCUAACUGUUGCGGAAGCAGAGGGCCAUGUUUUUAAGAAGGCGGUGUUGGCGAUUUACCUAUGUGGGAAUGUGAUUCUUCUCUUCAUAUUCUUGUCUGCGAUCAGCCACAUAUGAGCACGCAAAGACGUUGCUAUUAAUUUUUUUUUUU